AUGAUGAAGAAUUUCAUCACUAUCGCUGCCUUCGCUGCUGGCACCAACGCCCUCGUUGGCCGUAGUGACAGUUGUUGCUUCCACCUCACAUCUUCUGGUGAUGCGUCCGGAAAGCUUGGCCAGCUGAGCGAUGGCCAGAACCGCAUUGGCGAUGACAGCCUGUCGCCCGCCCAGUACUGCAUCGAUUCCAAGGGUGCCAUCACUGACUCUAACGGCCGUGGCUGUAUUCUCACCCCUCCCACUACUCAGUUCCAGUGUGACGAGGGUGCUUCUCCUACCCCCGGCUUCUCUCUCGGCCCUAACGGUGAGCUCGAGUACCACGGCAGCAAAGAUUUCGUUGCUUGUGCCACGGGCCAGAACGGUGGUCUGAACGUAUACACCAACCCUAACGAGUCCGAUGUCACCGGUUGCGUGAACGUCGAGUUGACUGCCGACUCCUGCUCAAGCUCCGGUUCUAGCAAUGGCGGCUCGUCAUCCACCAGCGCUGUUCCCUCGUCUUUCGGAUCCUCAAGCGCUCAGUCAACCCCCUCUGCUCCUGUCUCGUCUGCUCCGGUUCCUCAGUCCACCCCUGCUAGCUCUGCUCCCGUCGCUGAAUCGACUCCUGGUUCCGACUCUGGUGAAGGAUCUGGAUCUGGCUCUGGCUCCUCUGCCCCUGCCCCCUCAGGCUCCGCUUCCGCUCCCUCCGCCCCCUCUGAGUCUCAUCUCCCGGGCUCUCCUAUCACUGUCGUGAAAACUGUCACUGCCACCGACUGCAGCUGCUCAGCCACUGCCCCUGUUGGCGGUGGCGAUUCCGCCUCGCAGCCCUCCCCUUCCGCUACUAUGCCUGCUCCCUCCGGCGGCGGUAGCGAGGGCGGCUCGCAGCCUACUGGCUCUGCCCCUGCUCCCUCUGGAUCCCAGCCCCCUGAGUCCAGUAACGCUCCCGCCCCCUCUGGUGGUAGCUCGCAGCCCAGCGGUUCCGGCAGCGCGUCUGUCACCGCCAGCUCUACCUCUGCUACUCCUUCAGCUACUGAGUCCUCCAGUGGCUCCUGCCCCACUACUCUCACCUCCGGCAGCUACGAGUACCCCCACCUGAUUGUCCCCGUUGACUCUUCCUCCCCUGAUAAUGCGGCUGGUACAUCCUACAAUGGCACCGUGAGCUCCACCAUCUCGAGCGCGUUCAACUUCGACAUUCCCUCCUCCGACGAGGGCAAGACUUGCAGCCUCGUAUUCCUAUUCCCCGAGCUCCAGGACCUCGAGACUUCGUCCUACAGCUUCAGCGGUGACGGCAAGAUCGACUUCGCCAAGCUCUCUUCCGCUGUCGAUGAGUCUACUACCUUCAACAAUAUGCCUUCCGUCUCCCAGGACCUCGGCGACAUCACCGUUUCCCCCGGCAACUCUUAUGUUGUCUCCACCUUCUCUUGUCCCGCCGGCGAGAAAGUGUCCUAUAAGAUGGAGAACUCUGGCAGCACCGACCUUAACUUCUUCGAGGACUACAACCCUUCACCUCUCGGUCUGUACAUCACUACCUGCUAA